CAGCUCCAGUCGUGAACAAGUGAACAACUCUGCUCGUCUUGGUUCCUGAAAGAGCAAAGUAAGUCAACGCCCCGAACACACCGGCGGGAACCAGCGACAUGGCCGCGGCGGCGACCUCGGCCACGGCGGGAGCGCCAGGGAGAUGGUCUCUGCAAGGCAAGACGGCCCUGGUCACCGGCGGCACACGCGGCAUCGGGCGCGCGGUGGUGGAGGAGCUGGCGGCGCUGGGCGCGGCCGUGCACACCUGCUCCCGGAAGGAGGCGGAGCUGACCGAGCGCCUCAAGGAGUGGGAGGCCAAAGGAUUCCGCGUCACCGUCUCCGUCUGCGACCUCUCCGUCCGGGAGCAGCGGGAGCGCCUGGUCCGCGACGUCGGCGACCGGUUCGGCAGCAAGCUCGACAUCCUAGUGAACAAUGUGGGGACAAACAUAAGGAAGCCAACAACCGAGUAUUCUGCAGAGGAUUACUCUUUUGUGAUGUCCACUAAUCUUGAAUCUGCAUACCAUUUGUGCCAACUUGCGCAUCCUCUUCUAAAGGCAUCUGGAGCAGGCAGCAAUGUUCUCAUAACUUCCAUUGCUGGAAUUGUAGCGCUAUAUAGUGGAACUAUCUAUGCCAUGACUAAAGGUGCCAUGAACCAGUUGACCAAGAACUUAGCAUGUGAAUGGGCAAAAGACAACAUAAGAACCAACUCUGUUGCCCCAGGGUACAUCUUCACUUCGCUUAUUGAAGGACCUCUGGCAGCAAAUAAAAUGUUAGAGGGUGAUGUUAAGAGUCGAACUCCUCUUAGGCGUAUCGGAGAACCAGAAGAAGUGUCAUCACUAGUUGCUUUUCUUUGUAUGCCUGGCUCGACUUACAUUACCGGUCAGACGAUCUCCGUUGAUGGAGGAAUGAGUGUCAAUGGGUUUUAUCCAACUCUGGACUGAGGAGCGAGGACUAUUAAGCAGAAGUUGUGUGCUCAUCUCGUCAAGAAAACUGCCAUAUCUGAUGUUGUUGGCUUUUAGAAUAAACUGAUGUUGUUGGCUGUUAGAAUUGUCAUAUGUGUGUAGCUUGUCAUAUGCUAGCUACCAGACUGCAGCUUGUCACCCUAAAUAAAAUGGCGGGUUUGCCCUUAUCAA